AUGUCGUCAAGUUCUCGCUCAAGCACGGACAGUGAUGGGUCCCUCGCAGAGGUUAUAGCGUCUAUAGACCUCGACGUGGUGGCACAAAUAGCAAAAGGCAAACGAAGAGGAUGGGACUUUCUACUCGAGGAUGACCUUCGCUGCCAAGUCGUUACACCCCCUUCAUCCGGCUCCGCCAAUCUCGUCUACGAACUCAAGUUCAACGAUGGCGGGCACUGGGCCUUUCGCAUUCCUCAUGGUGACUGGGAUGAUAAUGCCGAACGCUCAAUGGUUCUCGAUAUUACGACACAGCGCUUUAUAGCCUCCAAGAUUCCCUCUUUUCCCAUCCCUCAAAUUCGCGGAUACCUGUGCGACGGCGAGAACAGACUAGGGCAUCCUUUCAUGAUCACCGACUUUGUCUCGGGGACCAAGCUUAUCGAAGUUUGGAAUGAUCCGUCGUGGUGGACGGGAGGCAGGACGAGGGAAAACACCCUACGGUCCAUCGCAAAGCAUAUGGCGCAGCUCGCCUCCCUAGAGUUCGACCAGAUUGGAAGCCUGCAGGUGCACGACGACGGGUCGUACCACAUUGGGCCCUUCCCUGCCCUCCGCAAACUCCUCCCCGAUCACCCCGACGGGGACGCCCCUUUUGGCCCCUUUUCCAGCACGCGCGCCUUCAUGUUCGCGCUCCUCGAAAAGGCCCGCGAAGUGGACGACACAUCCUCCCUCAGCCUCCUCGAGCUCCUCCUGGGCGCGCUCCCCGAGCAUCAGUUCGAUGGCCCACCCUUCCACCUCUCCUACCCCGACUUCGACUCGCAGAAUGUGUUUGUGGAUGACAAGGGCGAGGUCUCUGGGUUCAUCGACUGGGACGGGGUCGACGUGAGUCCGAGGCAGCUCGCUGCGCUCGUGUACCCUUCGUGGCUUACCGUGGACUGGGACCCGGUGAUGUACGAUUUGUACAUGGACCAGCCGAACUGUGAUUCGGAGGACGAGCUGCAUCGGUUGCGUGGCGUGUAUGUAGACGCUCUGGACGAAGUGUCGGAAGGCCGUUUCGGCGCGGUCGCGCGCAACUCGCACGUCGUGCAGGCGCUAUACGGUGCGAUUGCGCAGAGGGGGUUCAGAUUUUCAAUUGUGCACCACCUUGCGAAAUACGUGUUCGGCUCCGAAUCGUUGGCGCUCGAGGUAGAGGAUGCCGUGGAGCAAUGUCCGAGAUUUCACAAAGGAUCUUCGGGGAUUGCGCGCGUCGAGAAGAGAGACAUUAAUAAUUCUAGUACGGAUGAGUUGGCGAGCCUCAAAGCCGAGGAACCGCAGGGUGUUGACGAAGGCAACAAGGUAUUGGGGGCGGAUGCGCCCGCAGAAGUCAAAUCGACCCAUGCAGAUCAGCCAUAG